AUGCCAUCCCUACCACUCCUAAAGCCAUACUGGGAAAAGAAGCAACACUUGACGGUCAACCGAGGAAUCCUGAUGUAUGAUCACAGGCUAGUUAUUCCCUCAAGCAUGCAACUAGAGAUGCUGGAGACCAUUCAUGAAGGCCAUCUUGGCAUUACCAAGUGCCAAGGGCGCGCGAGCUCCUCGGUGUGGUGGCCGCUCAUAACCAAACAGAUAGAAGCAACGGUCAACAGAUGCCAAACUUGCGCCAAACUCAGACCAGAGCGAAGAGAACCCCUUAUGGCGCUGUCUUUCCCAAACCUACCAUGGAGCCGGGUCGGUACAGACCUCUUUGAACUAGAGCAGACCGACCACCUUAUCGUUGUCGACUACGCAAGCCGAUGGUUUGAAAUCCGAAAGCUAGGAUCAACUACCUCAGCUGCAGUCAAGCGCCACAUGUGCGAGAUCUUUGCUCUGCACGGAAUACCGGAUACAGUCUUCUCGGAUAACGGACCCCAGUAUGUUAGCCAGGAAUUUACCAAAUUUGCCAAGGACAUGGGGUUCACCCACAUCACCUCCUCUCCACACUGCCCACAAGCAAAUGGUGAGGUCGAGAGAGCGGUUCAGACCGCCAAGAACAUCCUGCGGAAGAACACAAACCCACAUCUUGGUCUCCUAGCAUACCGUUCUGCCCCCCUGGCAAAUGGCCUAACCCCUAGUGAGAUUCUGAUGGGGCGGAAACUGCGUAACAAGUUGCCAUCGGUCCCCGAGAACCUAAGACCACGAAAGAUCGACCAAGAGCAGCUGCUUAAGAGAGAACAAGAAUAUCAAGAGCGCUACUCCAGUAACUACAACUCUCGCCACAGGGCUGUGGAACUCCCAACACUCCACCAAGGAGACAAGGUGUUCAUAAGGGACCAGCAAAGGUACGGAGAGAUAGAGAAGAAACUUGCAAGCCCGAGAUCCUACCAACUGGUAACAGAAAAUGGCUCAGGGAUCAGAAGGAACAGAAGAGCGUUAGUCCAUGAACCAGUGGCGACGUCUGGAGAGUCCAGCUCCCUACCGAGCCCUUCCAACCGACCACCAGUACGCGAAGGAGGAGAAGGAUCGCCAGGACCUGCUGCGUCUAAGGCAGUAGUUAGAAGGUCGGGCAGACUUUUAAAGCCCACUAAUAAUCCAGACAUGAUUUUCUAUUAG